CUAGGCAACCCAUCCAUCCACCUCCUCCAGUGAAACAUGCCUGGUCAUGUGGAGGUAGAAAAAGAGUAAAGAGUGGGGAGCAGGUGGGACUGGAGAUCCUGGACUACAAGAGGUACAUGCCUAGCACACCCCCCCCCAUUGUGGUGCCUAAGCACAUGCUUUUUUUGCCUCCCCCUAGUCCCGGCAAUGUAACUUAAAACAGUUUAUUUUUUGCACAAUUAAAAAGACUUGUAAUUCUAAGCAACUUCAAUAUACAUUAAUUAAAGGUCAAAAAAGGAAUUUAUAAAACAUGUCACCCCUGCAGAGGAAUUCUACCCCUCUCCUAAGAUACAAUACUAACACAAUACUGUUCUGUUUGCCUUAUUAAAAAUAAAUAAAUCAUUGAAUAGAGCGGUGUAGCUACCUUGCUCUUACAGUCUCUUUAAAAAUGUUCACUUGUUUUUAAAAUUAUUUGUAAAUGCAGUGGCAUUCGUUUGUUUAUCCAAGAGUCUAAACUCUUGAAACAAUGUAGCAAAUUUCAGUUCUUCAUAAGGUUAAUCAGCUGGGUUCUCCUACAUUGUUUCAGCCAGACAGGUAGUAUUUUCAAUACUAAUUACAUUUACAACUGACUUUAAAACCAAUGACAAUUUUUAAUCAAUGGAUAUCGGUAAUUGACUUAGAAUUACAUGUGUUAUGUGGUUGGAGAUCCCCAUUAAGUCAAGUGAAAUUGCCUUUAAUAAGAAAAAAAAUUCUAUUUUAUGAAAACCAUUGUAACAGCCAUCUUGUUUUGAUGGUUCAGUCGCUCAUGUGAGCUGAAUGGAGUUCAGUUCUAUAUUAAUGUGUCUAAUAUGACAGCCUUGCCUGAUUGCACAGGUAUUUCAACACAAAAGUAUGAAGGGAUAAUUGUUCUCUGUAAUCCCUUUCUGUUGUAUAGAAACGAUUCUGAUAUCAGCCCAUUCCCUCCACAUACAAUGCCCAUCAAACAAUCAGCCUGGAACUCCAGAUGCAGGGAACAGAUUUUUUUUUUUUACUCAGUCUCCGCUCGGAUUAACAAGAUCUCAGAUUCACAACUCACUGCAAACAAAACCAGCUGAGAUUAGAAGGCCAGUUAUCGUAUUCAUGGGGUUUAGCAUUUCUGUACGGGGGAUUAUGGAAGCUCUUUUCUCUCUCUCUGCCAUAAAAUGGUCUGAGUUUUAAAGCAGCAGCUUUAGUGGAAUGAGGAAAAGGUAUUUAAAAUACAGAAAACUUCCAGUAUAAAGAAAUGAAAGGAAAAUGCUUUAAGCUGAAAGUAUUAAGGUAAAAGGGGUCUCUGUGUGAGCGACACUGAUAUGCUGUUUUAUAAGGCCAUCCAUCCAAGGAGGAGCGGUACAGAGAGUGUGGAGAUAAACUAGCUUGAUCAACACAGUUGCACCAACAGUAUGUCAUCUAAUGGGGACAGUGUUAAAAAGAAGAUGAGCCCUUUCUCAAUUGAAAGCAUUCUUUCUCUCCCAUCACAAAUGACUAGUGCUCUCCAACAGGAGUCUGGGUUGACAAGAAAGAUGCAGAGCCCAAAGGAUUUCUUGGUAGUCACCUCUCAAGAUGAAGUUUUGGUAACAGCUUGUAACUGCUGCUGCUGCUCCCAUUCCAUCCAUUUCACUCAGGAUUCCUCGUGGGUUGCCUCCAGGAUACAUUGGCCUCUACACAUGGUACAUGCUAAUCAUGGAGAUGCUGAUGCUGUGGUAACAGUGGAACCCCCAACACUCCUUUCAUUGCCUCACACACAGAGGCGAACACGGCGUCACCGCACCAUCUUCACAGAAGAACAACUACAAGCUUUGGAAGAAACUUUUCACCACAACCAGUAUCCUGAUGUCAUUGCUAGAGAACAGCUAGCAGGCAGGAUCCAGCUCAAAGAGGAGAGGGUGGAGGUAUGGUUCAAGAACCGAAGAGCUAAGUGGAGAAGACAAAAGAGAGGAGCAGCUUCAGUGAUUUUCCUUCAAGCAGCAAAAAAAGUAGUUGAAACCUGUUAGUAUACCAACAGCACACAUCCAUUUACAACCCAUAAAAUACCUCUGCUCGGUGUAUAACCCCUUUUGAUAGGAGUGCAUAACAGGAGAAAAAAAAUCUUAUUAUAUUUUUGCAAGUGAGUUAUGUAGAGACCAGGUGUGCGCACAGUACUUAAUGCCGCUGCAAUCCUCAAUGAAGUUUCAUACUCUCUGAUGAUCUCUGUAUAAUGGAACAGAGUUUGGGACUAACCCCUUCUUCAGAGAGGAAAACCAAAGCUGAAGGGGCCACAUUAAAUAUUAAUACAAUUGAAAUGAUAGAUUUUUGCUUUAGGACCACUUUGGUAGGACUUUGCAAAAGGUGAAUGUCCCCUUUAAUCUAUAAAUGUAGUUAUUUGUAUAGGGGCAGUUGUAGGGUAUUGUGUGGCUUUUAAAGGGGAACUAUCUUGAAAAUUAAAAAUAAAUACAACUUUCAUUCCACCGAAAUAAGAAUCUUUCUAAAUAUAUUAAUUUAAAAAUGUUGUACCAUUUCUAAAAUAAUAAAGCUACUCUUCACUAGGGAUGUGCCAAAUGCAGGAUUCGGUUUGGGAUUCGGCCUUUUUCAGCAGGAUUCAAAUCCGAAUUCUAAUUUGCAUAUGCAAAUUAGGGGCAGGAGGGAAAUCGUGUGACUUUUUGUCAAGGAAGUAAAAAAUGUUUUCCCCUUCCCAGCCCAAAUUUGCAUAUGCAAAUUUGGAUUUGGUUCGGUAUUUGGCCUAAUCUUUCAUGAAGGAGGCUUUACUUGGUAGUGACCUUUAUGCCUACAAAACAGGAAUUAAAAAGGAGCACCUGCUUUAAGGCCUCUGGAAGAAACAUCAAAUAGGUUAGUGAACAACAAGUUGCUCUUGAGCCACAUGCCUGGAGUACACCAUUACCUUAAUACAAUAUCCUCUGCCUUCUGCCCCAUCUAUCUGCAUGUACUGAUGUGCAGGGGACCUACUAGUUAGCACACACAGAGUAAACUUAGGUUGGCAAUAGACAUGCAGAUUUCAUUCUUUGAGUGACGAGCACUUGUUCGUGUCCGUUUGCAGAUCUACAACUAACCAUUCAGAUUCAAUAACUAGGAAAAUUAACAUAUCAAAUGAUGUUCUGGCCAUUAAUUGACAGCCAGCAUUUGUACAAAAGGUAUGUCCAACAAAUAGUAGUGGCAAUCGCCCAUUGAUAUCAUCAGAUAAGCAAUACCAGCAGAGAUCUUAUCGGUAGCUGAAAUAAAUAUCUUAACCUGUCAGAUCGACUAAACAACCAAUCCCCAUUUUGGAAAAAAGGUUGGGACAUUCCACACAUGAUCAGAAAAUCUAUAUCUUUGCAUCUAUGGCCAGCUUUAGUCACAAAAACAUUGAAGUAUGCAUUUUCACACAGAAAUUUGCUGUGUGAGUGCUAAAAAACAGAUCCUAUUCCAUGCCAGUGCACACAAAAAUAGAGGGCAUAGAAGGUAGUGAGUCAGCUACCCAUGUGCCAUUAGCCAUACCAAGCAGUGCUGCUUUUGUACUCAUUUUAAUAAUGUGCCAGUAUCCUUUUAAUUAAUCAAUACAACAUGUGAUUAGGGAAUAUUCCAUUAUGUAGGUCUUCAUUAGUUUUGUUCAUACUCUGUUUUGGGUUGGAAGUAGGUUUGCCGCCUUUCAACUCAUCGAAAUUUGGGUGGGGCAUGUGAUAAUUUAUGGGCAGUGUAGUGGCGUCAGGGUGGCUUUUAAUAUUUUGUAUGGAGAAUAUCUACUCAACACUGAAUUUCUUAUACCCAGUCAUGAUGGAGAAACAAACAGUGCAAUAAACAUAU